GUCAGUGUUAGACGGAGUAUUAAAACAAUUCUAUUAUUCCAAGUAUUUUGAGGUUAGGUACGACAUAAAAAAUGACAGUUGAUCUGUCAGCAGUGCCACUUGUUGCUCUAUCUGUCGAAUCUAAACAAGUUAUUUCGACAUUAUUAAAUCCUCCGAAAGUUAUACCAUCCGAGAAUGGCUUACCACGGGAUUGGAGAGGUCUUGCUCAUUUAUGCAACUUAAGUGGAGAAGUAAUGCCACUGCUGAUCUCACAUGCAGAUCCAUCUGCUUAUAUUUUGACAGCUUGGGAACACAAGGAAAAAAAUACUACACUUAAAGAUUUUCAAGCAGUAUUGGAAGAAAUUGAUAGAUGGGAUAUUUUGAAUGAUACACUAGAACUUUUUGAAAAGGAUGCUGAAAGAUAUUUGGAACAAGUGCAAAAGUCUCAGACAUCAGCUGAAGUAAUUGCAAAUGAUAUUGAUGCAAAAGUUCUUACUGUAGAUGAUCUUCAUAGGGUAAGAGAAGGAUUAGAAAAUCAGUAUUAUGAUGCAUUUUUAUUAUAUGCUGAUGAAGACACUAACUUUGCCACUGAAAUGGUUGACAAACUGGAAAAUGAAUAUAAAUUAAAGCUGUGUUUAAAAGAUCGCGAUUUAAUUGGUGGAGUUACAUUUGAGUAUGAAGCUGUGAUGACUCUAAUAUCAGAGAGGUGUAACAGGUUAAUUGUUAUAGUAUCACCCAAUUUUCUUAAAAGUUCAGCAAAUAAAUUCUUUCUGAGCUAUGCUCAAGCAUUGGGUAUUGAUAAACGACAACGGAAAGUCGUACCAUGCGUGUACAAGCAAUGUCAACUGCCACCACAGUUAAAUUAUAUGUUUAAAUUGGAUUACAAUAGAGUGGGUUUAUACGAUUUCUGGGGAAAAUUAAGGGAUUCCGUGCGAACUCCAGGUAAAAUAAACGGAAGUACAAACAGUUCUCCUAUGAAGGAGAAUUUUCACAGUAAUUUAAAUGUAAAUGACAAAAGUGAAAAAGAUGAAAAAGAUGAAAAAGAUGAAAAAAAUAUAAAACAUAUAGAACCCUUACAAGUAAAUAAGCUUCAGUCAGAAGAUAAUAAAGAAACACUUAAUAUAGAAAAAAAUUCAAGUCAAUCUUCAUUUGACAAUGUAAAUAGUUCAAAAGACAACAAUAAGAAGUACACUCAUUUUUUGCAAUGGACAAAAAAGAAAUGGUCUAAAAUAGGAGAAAAUAAUAAGAAAGAAUAUGUACCAAUCACAGAAACAGUCAGUUUACCGUCUCUAAAAAGUUUGGAUACAUUAAGCGCGUCAGCAGAGUCAAUGGAAAAAAAACAUAAAACGAAAUUUAUAAAUAAGUAUGUAAAAAAAGUGCAAUUGAAGAAAGUACUCGUUAAGUCGUAA